AUGGAGGUUGCUAGUGUUGGGGAGCUAGAAUUGGCCUCUACUUAUGAUAGAGUUAGACAUUCAAUGAUAAAGAUUCAAGAAGGGGCCUCAUUUCCUAGCUCCAUAUAUACUAGAAAUACUUUUCUACGUAGCCUUGAGGUUGAUUGUAAUUACCAUACUAACCCUAAGAUAGUUUUGUCCAAAUUAGUUGAUCAGUUGGCAUAUUUAAGGUCACUAUCUUUGACAGAUUGCUCCAUUGAAGAAAUUCCUGUAGAAAUAAAAGGGUUAAUACACUUGAGGUAUCUUGAUUUGUCACAAAACUAUAAUAUAAAAAAAUUGCCCGAAACAUUGUGUGAGUUACACAAUCUACAGACCUUAGACAUUAGGGGGUGUAGUGGUCUCAGAGAACUACCUCAAGGGAUGGGAAAUUUAAUUAACAUGAGACGUUUGUUGAAUUGGGGAACUAGUAUAAGUUACAUGCCAAAAGGUUUAGAACGAUUGACUGGUCUACGAAGAUUAGGAGAAUUUGUGAUAAGUGAUGGCAGUUAUGGUAGUAAAGCAUGUUCCAUUGAAUGUCUUAGAAACUUCAAAGGCCUCCAAUAUCUUGAUAUAAAAGGCUUUGGAAACUUGACAGAUGCAGCUAAGGUCAAGGGAAUAGAAUUAAUCAAUAAGAAAAACCUGCGUGAUUUGAUUGUAGACUUUGAGGGGAGUAACAAUGAGGGGCAUGAUUAUGAAGAACUUCUUGAAGCGUUGCAACCACCCCCAAAUUUAGGGGAGCUAUCGCUGCGAAAUUAUAAAGGCAACACUAUGUUCCCUAAUUGGAUGGUGUCAUUAAGCAAAUUGAGAAAGUUAACUUUGUGGGAUUGUAUAAACUGUGAGCACUUGCCUCCUCUGGGUAAGUUAUCAUCCCUUGAAAAUCUUUUCAUAUGGGGAAUGAAGAGAGUGAAAAGAGUGGGUAAUGAGUUUUUGGGAAUAGAGAAUGAUACCACAUCAGCAUCUUCAUCAGUAAUUGCUUUUCCAAACUUAAAAUAUCUAUGUUUUAUUGAUAUGGAAGACUGGGAAGAGUGGAAUUACGAUAUUACGAAGAGAGAAGACGGAGAUAUUACAGUCAUGCUAUCUCUUGAGACCUUGGAAAUUGAUGACUGGCCCAAAUUGACAUCACUGCCUAACCAUCUUCGUCAGAUGUCAACGUUGAAGAAGGACUUUCAUAAUUGUACUCUUCUCGACGAACACAGAACCGAUAACUCAUCAUCAUCUUCAGCAAGCCAUCAACUGCAACAAUGA